GUACUUUCUACAUUUUGGGUGUGAUGAGUGUCGCUGGUUUCGGUAGGCCACAACAGCAUAAAGAAGACGACCAUGACGAUGAACCUCUUGACUGCAUCUGUUCGUUGCGGCCAUGGUCCUUUUCGAAGAGCAGGGCGCCCUUUUGCUGCCACUCGACACUGGUACUUUACCAAUACGGAUGAGAUGAAGAAGGACGAUCCUUACUCACAGCUGGGCUUGCAAUGGGGCGACGCCACUAGCACCAAGGACAUUAAAGACGCCUUUCGUCAAAAGGCACGUGAAUUACAUCCCGAUGUCAACACGACCGAUUCACCAGAGGCAGCCUUGAAAAAGUUUCAAGCGCUGCAAAAGGCCUACCAGACAUUACUGGGCAAUGCCGACGACGCCAACGAUGGCGUUGAGGAAUGGAGGUUUGCCGUGUGGCGUGGAGGCGAUCGCUUGGCGCAAGAUCGUACGGAUGUGGCCGGUCUGGCACGGAAACGACCCGUCCAACCAGCCUCCAAGGCAGAUGUUUGGGCGGCACGACAAUUGGGACAUCCCGAUGGACGCGGCAGCACGACCGGUCGAGCGGAAUAUUUGACGGCGGGAAGUAAACCCAUUUCGUCCUCGGUUGGAACGGGACAAAACAAAUGGGUCGCACCCAAACCAUUCAAACCGUGGAAUCCAGAAGAAUCGCACAAGGUUCGAGCCAGCCAUUUUGCAAAACAACAACAACAGCCAUCCGACCAUGACAAACAAUAAUAUGCAAUCAAGAAUUGGGCCAAAAAGGAAGCGCAAUUCUCUUAGGUUCUCUGAUCCUCGAUCCUGAGCUUCUUUCAGCCUGGCUACACGCACAAAAAGUUUAGAAUUCAUUGGAGAAUUCUACUGUACCUUUCAAUUGGACCUACCGGUAUGAUAAGAAUCCCGGGUGCCGAAACUCCACUGAAACCAUCAAUUUUGGAAACUUGGAAGGCUAGACGACAACGAUAGACACUGUAUAUAAGACCAUUCCGAGUUCAAUGUGUUACUUCAAUUAAAUUUCGGAUUUCUACUUUAAAAGUCCAGGUGCUACUGCGGAUGCCUAACUAACCAACCAUUGGAGCGCUUCCUACAUUGUGCUGUUCAUCCUCCAUGAUCCGGACUCGGUCCAAUCGAUAGUCCAUUGUCAUCAUACUAUUCGGUGGGACAAUGCUCACUUGGACUUUGCCAUUCGUCUCUUGUUCAAUGAUUGCCUUGGCUUCUUGGGCGGGUUUGCCCACCAACUCGGGCCAUUUCAUCUUGUUUGGGGUAGUACCAUCGGAGGAUGACAUGCUGGUAUAGCUAAUGAUAUGAGUUUGUCGUUUUCUUUUGUGUGGUUUCUUGCUAGCUAGUAGGUAGGAUUUAGUUUUUGCUCAAUGAAGUUUGUGGUAUGAUGGUCCAAGCACGGUGAGAGCUGUUUCGUGGAAACAUAACCAGCACCGCGGACCAGCGAACUAUCAACUCGACUUUUGACUCGUGACGAAAAGAAGAAGAAGCUCAAGAAAAAUAAUGAAAUUUAGCAAUGUGUUUUGAGAAAACACGAUCUUGUUUGACAAAUUUAU